AUGUUGCUCUCAGCGGUGUUGCGGCUACUUGCAUCACUCUUGUUUGCACCCCUUUCCGGCUUUGCACGAUGGCCCGUCCAGACUCGACCGGGCAAUAUCUUCAUGGGAUGGCCACCGCCCCCAUGGGAUGCGACUUAUGACUACGUGGUGAUCGGAGGUGGCACAGCAGGCAUCACCGUGGCUGCACGUCUUGCCCAGGGUGGGUAUCAGGUUGCUUUGGUCGAGGCAGGCAGCGACUACGAGUCGAAGCAUCCAAUCUCCCAAAUCCCAGGAGCGGCGACAAUUGGGAUCGGGUCGAGCAUUACCACUGCAACCUCGGUGGACUGGAAGUUUGUUGCGCAGCGAGUGCCCGGGGCAAAUCAUCGGGACAUCCACUAUGCGCGAGGGAAAUGCUUGGGGGGAUCCCCGUCGGAAGGUGCAAUGCAAAAAUGGGCAGAUCUUGUCGGAGAUCCCAGCUACUCCUUCCAGAAUACCUUUCAAUACUUUAAACGGACGGCGUCUUUCACACCUCCUGAACACAGAUCUGAAAAUGCCAGAAGAACGUACAACGAAUCAGCAUUCGACAUAUCUGGCCAGCCGCUAGAAGUUUCCUAUCCUCGGUUUGCAAUGCCGUUCUCCAGCUGGGUUCGUCGGGCGUUGACUGCGAUCGGCAUGGAAGAGACUCAAGACUUUAAUACCGGUUCUCUCAGGGGCCAUCAGUUCUGUUCAAUGACCAUCCGGCCAACAGAUGAAUCAAGAAGUAGUUCUGAAUCUGCCUUUCUUCGGUCCCCGCGCAAACUGGACACAUUGGCUAUAUACGAAAACACGCUGGCAAAGAAGAUCUUGUUCGGCGAUGAUAAUAGGGCAAUUGGCGUAAGAGUCCAACAACUGUGGGACUUCACGCUGCAUGCAAGACGCGAGAUCAUUCUCUCUGCGGGGGCAUUCCAAUCUCCUCAGCUACUGAUGGUUUCAGGGAUUGGGCCUGGAAGUAUCCUUCAUGAACAUAAGAUCAAACCAAUCGUGACACUACCGGGGGUGGGUCAAAAUAUGUGGGACCAUAUCUUCUUUGGCCCGUCAUACCAGGUCUCCGUCGACACGUUCACCGGGAUGGCUCAAAAUCCAAUUCGGUUGGCCGCUCAGGCGAUGAUCUAUACCAUCUUCCGGGAUGGAAUGUUGACCAACCCAUCGGCUGACUAUCUUGCCUUCGAAAAGCUUCCACGCUCGUCACGAUCUAACUUGACUGCUCGAGAUGAGUAUGAGCUAUCCUGGUUUCCCGAAGAUUGGCCCGAGGUUGAGGUGAGACCCCCGUCCAUGGCCGCACCUGAACGGAGGCUCAAAUUCGUUCAGUAUAUAGCGGCUUCUGCCUACGUUGGGAAUUUUUCGGACCCAUUUAGUCAACAACCAUGGACUGGUCAGUAUGCCACUAUCAUCGCGAGCAUGGUUGCUCCUACGUCGCGUGGAAAUGUGACGAUUCGCUCCGCCAACACAGCAGAUUUACCGAUCAUAAACCCAAAUUGGAUGGAUACCGAGUUAGAUCAAAAGCUCGCAGUGGCCACGUACCGACGAAUGCGCGACAUCCUUCAGAUGCCAGCCAUCCUGCCCGUACUGAUUGGGCCCGAGUACUUCCCAGGGUCCAAGUACCAGACGGACGCAGAGGUUCUGCAUGUGAUUAAGGACACGCUGAUGACAAUCUACCACGCGUCCUGCACGUGCAAGAUGGGGACUCGAGAUGAUAGUCUGGCCGUUGUUGAUCAUCGAGCGAGAGUCUUCGGGGUCACCGGAUUGCGGGUGGUCGAUGCUAGUUCAUUUCCAUUCCUUCCGCCGGGUCACCCUCAGUCAACUGUUUAUAUGCUUGCCGAAAAGAUCGCCGCCGAUAUUCUAGCUGCCUAA